ACUCCUUUAGCAGAACGAAACGAAAGCAGCUUCACUGCCAUUCCAGUUCGCGUUUGUUGCCCGUGAAGGAUGCCUUCUGCCAACCCUAAGCUAGAGAAACAGGCCUCUACGGAGGCCACUGAUCCGAUUCGUCAAGCGAUCACCGUUAUCGAGCACAAGAUAAGAAAUUUGGAAAAACGCAAGGGCAAACUUGAGGUGUUAAAAGACCUCCAGAAAAAUGGAAAAGAAUUGAAUCUUGACCAAAAAACGACGGUCGCCAAGUACGAUGAAGUGUUGCAGACCUUGGAGAUAACUCGGGAGCUCUACAAGCAAAUCGUUGGUAUCUCUAAUGACUUUGCUAAGCAACAGAAGAAACAGGCGAGGAAGGAAGCCUUGGAGAGGAUGCAGCAGGACAUUUCUAAGAUCCGAGAAGUCCUGUUGAUCCAAGAUGUGCUGAUUAACAUCGGCGGAGAAGUUGUCCGCGAGGACUUUCUCACUGGUACGAAUGGCGCAAUAAAAUUGACGCAAGACGACCUAAAGUUCCUGGGCGAUUUUUACAACGAAGUGACAAUGAAGCGUCAGCCUGAACCAAGCGAGCCAUCGUUUAUGGAGCAAUUACAAAAGGCAGCUGAACAUUACAUGGGAAUUCUUGAAGGGAAGCAGCGUGAGGUCGCUGGUACUACUUACCUGAGGCUUAAAGAAAUGAUCACGUCUGUCCAAGCUUGUGGAUACUUUGAUCAGGUCCAGACUGUAAAGACUGAAGUCAUCACUAAUGAAGUUGCUCUAGAAGCACCAGUAGAAGUUGCCACUGGUGAUGGUAAAAAUAUUGUUGAGCAGCCGUCGGAAGAAUUCACAAAUAAUUCCGGCGACGUAACAAUCAUUCCACCCCCGGAGUCAAUGAUUCCAAUGCCCAAUUUUCCUGUACAAGUAACACCGGUAGCGGUUGUUGCCGGUGGAGCCCCUGUAGCUGGCCCAAUGGCGGUAGUUACACCGCAGGCUAUACCAGCACCGCACCCACCAGCACCUGUUGAAACGGCGUACUACGCAAAUGCGGCUGGUUAUGUGCCGCAACCUCAGCAACCCCAGCAGCCACAGCCGCAACAACAACAGCAACAAACACCACGCAUCAAUGACGUUAUUGGAACACCAAAUUUCUUCUUUCUGCAGGAGUCUGAGCUCGAUCCACCGGAAGUUGCUGCGGGACAACCACCGACCAUUGUUCAACACAUUCCUCCGCCUCCAGUAAACGCUCCAAUUCCAACUCAAACCUUCACCAACCAAAACUUCACUGGAGCACCUGUCCAAGUGCCGCAGCAGGUUAUCUACCAGCAUCCACCGCAAGAAAUGUCUCACAUUCCUGGCUUUGCGAAUCCUAAUCCUCCGCCGCCAAUACCCAUGCCACCUUCUCAUCAACAGAACAUCCCAUACAGUCCUCAACAUCCCGCUGGACAAUUCCAACCACCCGCUCCAGGGCAACAGGCUAUCCAGCCGACGCAGAACUUUGAUCAGCAAGAAACUCAGCAGACUGAGGAAAAACCAGAGCAGCACGCAGAAGAAACUGAAGUGGCUCCGGUAGAAGCAGAUCCGUCUAGUGAGCCGGUUAAUUGGUGUCAAAUGGCCGACGCCCCUAUGGACGAGUGGUCUAAUGACAACGCCCAGCAGUCUGAACACUCAGACCACCAGCAGUCCCAGCAAGGAUGGGGUGAACAGAGGAGUAGCUACCGAGGUCGUGGUGGACGUCGUGGUAACUCUAAUGGUUACAAUAGCCGAGGAAGGGGCACUGGUAAUUACCAGCAGAAUGGACGUGGCGGAGGAGGGCAAGGAUCCUAUUAUCGCAAUGACAACUCGAAUUAUCAGAACGGUUAUCAGCAACGCAAUUACAACAAUGACGGCGGGAGCUCCAAUUACAACGGUGGAGGCUUCAAACGUGAGCGAGGUGGUGUCAGCGGCGGCAACGGUGGACCACGUACCAAUUCAAGGGGAGGAGAUCGCGUGGGAAUCGAUAGAGGUGGACGCGGUGGACAAUUCCGUGGCGGUCAACGAGGCGGAAAUCGCGGCGGUGGUUACGCACCACGUGGCAAGCCACAAACGCAACAAUAAUUAUUUCACGAUCUAAAAGAUUUUAAAACCUAAAAUCUAAAGUCGAUACGCGUUAAAUGCACUUUUAAUAAUAACAUUCUUAAUAUCAUUUAAAUAAUUAUAAAAGCGGGAACAUUCAAAAUUUUCUCUUUAUAAAACACGAGAAACAACGAAAAGAAAAUUCAUUUAUUUAUAUUAUUAAAAUAUAUACAUAUAUAUAUAUAAAUAUAUAUCUUUUUUUUUUUUUUUUUUUUUGUUAAUCGCGUUGUAAAAUAAGUUGAAUUAACUUUCAUAAUUCAAGAAUAUAUCUAUUUAAAUAAAUAUCUAUAUAUAUUUAUAUAUUUUUUUUUUCUUUUCGUCGUUUCUCUUUUCAAUAGUUAAUAAUUUUUGUUGAUAAUCUUAUUUAUAGAUUAUUGAAUAAUAAUUACGCUUAAAUAAAAAAUUUUGAAACCUGCGUCUUGUAAAUUGUGAAAGCGAAGAACCAUUGAUUGAUAUCAAAAACUUGCAUUAAUUAUAACGAUUGAUUAAAACGCGUAUGAUAUAAUGAAACAUCUUAAAAAAGUAAUUACUUUAAUUACUUGUUAAAUGAGUGACAUUACUAUUGUGAAAUAGAACGAUGCAGCUGACAACAUAAUCUUCGUUGAUCAAGAGUUGAAUAAUUAUUAACUAAUUGAAGAAAAAAAUAAUAAUAAACUGAACCCACCACGCAAGUAUUAUUGUGUUGUGAUAGAAGGCAGUUUCACAGGGCAACAAUUUAUAAUUGACAAAUAUUAGUAGAAAAAAAAGUAAAAAAAUAAAUAAAUAAAUAAUUUUAUUAAAAAAAAAAUAAAGAAAAAAAAAUGAGAAAAAGUUAAAAAAAAUAAUGACUUAUACACGCAUUUCACGACGUAACACUCGAGUACUAACACAAGAGUUGAUGAAAAAAAAAAAAAAUAUCGUCGUAAAAGUUUUAAAUGUACAUCGAUUUAA